GAGUGUUAAAAUAAAAUGGAUGAUUUGACGUUACUUGAUCUUCUGGAGUGUCCCGUGUGCUUUGAAAAGCUCGAUGUCACGGCCAAAGUCCUCCCUUGCCAGCACACCUUCUGCAAACCAUGUCUCCAGAGGAUUUUCAAGGCCCACAAGGAGCUGAGGUGCCCGGAAUGCAGGACCCUGGUGUUUUGCAGCAUCGAGGCACUGCCGGCCAACCUGCUGCUCGUGCGUCUUCUAGACGGUGUGCGCUCGGGGCAGAGCUUGGGGAGAGGGGGCUCUUUCCGCAGGCCUGGUGUGCUGACCGCGCAGGACGGCAGGAGAGGCAAGAGUAACCCCAGAGCUCUACAGUCCAGCUCUUUCCGGCUGGUGCCUAAUAUCAGAAUCCACAUGGAUGGGGUGCCAAGAGCAAAGGCCUUAUGCAACUACCGAGGGCAGAAUCCCGGUGACCUGAGGUUUAAUAAGGGAGAUGUCAUCCUUCUGCGGAGACAGCUGGAUGAGAACUGGUACCAGGGGGAGAUCAAUGGAAUCAGUGGGAUCUUCCCAGCCAGCUCCGUGGAAGUCAUCAAGCAGCUGCCCCAGCCACCCCCGCUCUGCCGGGCCCUCUACAAUUUUGACCUACGAGACAAAGACAAGAGUGAGAGCCAGGACUGCCUGAGCUUCCUCAAGGACGAUAUCAUCACCGUGAUCAGCCGAGUGGAUGAGAACUGGGCAGAAGGCAAGUUAGGAGAUAAAGUCGGCAUCUUCCCAAUCUUGUUUGUAGAGCCCAACCUCACUGCAAGACACCUCCUAGAGAAGAACAAAGGCCGUCAUUCGGUCCGCACAAAAAACCUGUCUCUGGUACCCUCAUCCUCCCGAGGCAAAGCAACCACCACGUCCACCCUCCGCAGGGGCCCUGGGUCCAGGAGGAAGGGGCCCGGGCAGUUCUCCAUCACAACAGCUUUGAACACUCUCAACAGGAUGGUCCAUUCUCCCUCGGGGCGCCAUAUGGUGGAGAUCAGCACCCCAGUGCUCAUCAGCUCCAGCAACCCCUCUGUGAUCACCCAGCACAUGGAAAAAGGAGAUGUUCCUCCCAGCUCUGUGGGGCAGGUCAGCACUUACCAUCCCAUACCUGGCUCCCCAGGACAUUCCGCAGCCAUCGUCAAUCUGUCCAGCUCCCAGCAACACCUCUCAGCAAACAUGUUUGUGGCCCUGCACUCCUACUCAGCCCAUGGACCCGAUGAGCUGGACCUACAGAAGGGAGAAGGCAUCAGGGUCCUGGGCAAGUACCCAGACGGCUGGCUCAGGGGCGUCUCCUUGGUCACUGGGCGGGUUGGCACCUUCCCCAACAACUAUGUCAUCCCCAUUUUCAGAAAGACAUCUAGUUUUCCAGAUUCUCGGAGUCCUGGUCUCUACGCCACAUGGACGUUAUCCAACUCCUCUGUGUCCUCCCAAGGCAGCAUUUCAGAAGGUGAUCCCCGGCAGAACCGUCCCUUCAAGUCCGUCUUUGUGCCCACCGCCAUAGUCAACCCCGUGAGGAGCACAACCAGCCUGGGGACUUUAGGACAGGGCUCUCUUCGGAGAUCCGGGAGGAGCAGCAUGAGAAAGAAUGGAUCCUUGCAGAGGCCCGUCCAGUCAGGGAUCCCCGCCCUGGUGAUGGGCUCCCUCAGACGCAGCCCCACCAUGGUGGUACGGCCUCAGCAGUUCCCGUUCUACCAGCCGCAGGGGGUCCCCCCUGCCCCCUCCACGGUGGUGGCGGCAGAACUGGGACCGCAGCCCGCUCCCACCGGGGAGCCUGCCCUCACGUGUGUCAGCAGAGGCGGCGACACCAGGACCCGCUCAGCCGCCAGUUCCCUCAUCAUGGAAGGCAAGGAAAUCCCCGUCAAGAGCGAGCCUCUACCUAAACCACCUGCAUCCGCCCCACCAUCCAUCCUAGUGAAACCAGAAAACUCCAGAAAUGGCAGCGAAAAGCAAGUCAAAACUGUGCGAUUUCAGAAUUACAGCCCUCCUCCGGCCAAACAGUACACCUCCCACCCCACGUCAGGAAAGCCUGAACAGCCUGCCAUCCCCAAGGGGUCCCAGCCUGAAGCCGCCCCCUCAGGCCCAGAGAUGACCGUCCUAUUCGCCCACCGAAGCGGCUGCCAUUCCGGACAGCAGACAGACCUCCGGAGGAAGUCGACUUUGGGCAAGACCACCACCCCAGUGUCCACUGCUUCGGCCACACAGACCGUGUUUCCCAGCAAAUGAAUCUACGGGUGGCUUUUCCCAGACCCCAAAGAGGUGAAUUGCAUUUAAAUACAGUCUGCCUCCA